AUGUCUGCCUCUUUCUCCUCUGAAAAAGGUUACUCAGAUCUAAAGAAUCUUCUUUACCAUGAUAAUCAUGCCACGCGCAAAGAAAUGUUGGAAUUCAUGGCUUCCGAUCCAAUUUUCAUUCCACGUUAUAACACGAGUUUAGAGUUUCAGCGUGAGUUGGCACUGCAAAGGUUACAACGGUUAGCGGACCGUAAAUUUUUGUCCGUUUUUGACUUUGAAAAGAACCCAUUGAACGUGUUUGCUGUGCAUGAAAUGGCCGGCAUGGUGGACGGUUCAAUGGCGACAAAGAUGACUGUUCAAUGGAAUCUUUUUGGCGGAACAGUGAUUAAACUCGGAACAGAACGUCAUCGCUAUAUUCUUCCUGGGGUCGAUGAUCUUACUAAUAUCGGUUGUUUCGCGUUGACUGAAUUAGGGUAUGGGAAUAACGCGGUUGAAAUGGAAACUACUGCAAUUUUUGACGAAGAAACACGAGAGUUCGUUAUCAAUACUCCUUCUGUACUUGCUCAAAAAUAUUGGAUUACCAAUUCUGCAAUUCAUGCUAAAUGGGCAGUUGUGUUUGCUCAAACUUAUAUUAAGGGAAAGAAUGAAGGAAUUCACGCUAUUUUAGUCAGAAUUCGUGAAGAGAAUAUGACACCCUCUGAAGGUGUUGUCAUUGAAGAUAUGGGAGUUAAAUUUGAAUGUAAUGGUGUGGAUAAUGGAAAACUUUGGUUUAAAGACGUGCGAGUACCUGUUGAUAAUUUAUUAAAUCGGUAUUCAAAUAUUGACGAACGAAAUCAGUUCACAAGUGUGAUUGACAGCCGUCGUGGACGAUUCUUAAAAGUGGCUGAUCAACUUUUGUCUGGUCGAUUGGCGAUAGCUUCAAUGUGUCUGGGAGGGACAAAAGCCUGUCUUUCAAUCGCAUUUCGAUACGCGAAUUCUCGAUUGGCCGUUGGUGCUAGUGGAAAGAGUGAUACUCCGAUUCUCGCGUACCAACUUCAACAACGCGCGUUAAUGCCGUUACUAGCCCACACAAUAGUUCUCAAUAUAGGACUUAAUUAUUGCAAAGACAGAUGGGCUACUCAGGCAAAUGUCUCGGAAGUUGUACGUCUAUGUUGCGUUAUUAAACCGUUAGUCACGUGGAACUUUGAAAACGUUGCUACAACCUCUAGAGAGCGUUGCGGUGGUCAGGGAUAUUUGAGUAUUAAUCGGUUUGGUGGUUUUAUUGGAUUUUCUCAUGCUGGCAUGACUGCCGAAGGAGAUAAUAGUGUUUUGAUGCAAAAAGUGGCUAAGGAAUUGUUAGCUGAUGUCCAGCGUGGUAUUGUUCAAUUACCAUCUGUACCUGAACCUGAAAAAGCUCAAUCAUGGGAUAUAAGUGUAUUGGAUAAUUUAGUGAAUUUAUUCAGGCUACGGGAGCGAAUCUUAUUCAAAGAGCUUCAAUCAAAUAUGUCCAACAAAAUCGGUGUUGAUUUGAAUCUCUUUGAAGUUUGGAUGAAACAAGAAUCCGACACUAUACAAUCCCUUUCCCGUGCACACGGCGAACGAAUAAUCCUUGAGCAAGUUUUAAAGGCAACAAAUGAAUUAUAUGGAGAUGCCAAGACGCUCUUGUCAGUCGUUGCUCGUCUGUAUGCCCUUAAUCAACUUGACACCUAUCUCGCUUGGUACAUAACAAAUGAAUUAGUGACCAUAAAAUCAGCGUUGCUAGUACAGCCGAUGAUCCGAGAAAUCGUCGCUUUUCUGGCACCGCAUAGUAUCCAAAUUGUGGACGCGUUGGGUGUGGAUCCACGUGUUCUUUUUGCACCAAUUGCAAAUGUUCCCCCAAGUGAAACUUGGAUUAAUUAUAAUGCUAAAGAUAAUCAAGGGUUUAUCCCUUCCCCCGCGGGUACGCCCGCCUGGGAACUCCCCGUUCCCCGUCUGGGGGUAAAGGAGGACUGGUGUUUUUAUUUUUAG